CAAAUCUCAUAUCCUAUGAUAGAAUAUUAAAAAGAAACUCAUUCAUAUUUUUCAUAUUAAGCAUCAGCCUGCGCAGAAAAUCAUCCUCCAUCUAUCGACAUGAUAGUUGAGCUUCUACUCUUGUUCCUCCUGCUCAUUUUCUCUUUCCUCCUCUUCUUUUUCUUUACCACUGGAAGUUCAAAAUCUGAAAAAUCUAUCUCCAGCCAUCUCCCAAAAUCUUACCCAUUGAUAGGUUCCUCUUUCGCUAUAAAGGCAAACUUCGACCGACGAGUUCAAUGGACGUCGGAUAUUCUCCAAACUAUACCUUCUGCAACAUUUGUCCUCCACCGCCCUUUGGGCCUUCGCCAGAUCUUCACCGGAAACCCGGCCAAUGUCGAACAUAUACUCAAGACUCACUUCCAGCAUUAUCAGAAAGGACCUUUUACUCGACACACUCUCUUCGACUUCCUUGGCAAUGGUAUCUUCAAUUCCGACGGUGACACUUGGAAGUUUCAGAGGCAAGUUGCCAGCCAUGAAUUCAGCACCAAAUCUCUGCGUAAAUUUGUUGAGACUGUGGUUGAUACUGAACUCUCUCAACGCUUAAUUCCAAUCCUCUCUGAUGCAGCUGCCAAUAGAACAGUACUUGAUUUGCAAGAUAUUCUUCAGAGAUUUGCUUUUGACAACAUAUGCAAGAUCGCUUUCGGGUAUGAUCCUGCGUAUUUGUCGCCUUCUCUUCCACCCGCACCUUUCGCAGAAGCUUUCGAAGAGAGUGUCAGGAUCAUCAGUGAUAGAUUCAAUCGUUCUUUUCCUAUAAUAUGGAAAAUCAAAAAGUUUUUCCAUGUUGGAUCUGAAAAACGUCUCAAAAAAACCAUGUCUCAAGUACGCGAUUUUGCCAUGAACAUAGUCAAAGGGAAGAAGGGAGAACUCAAGCAGAACUCUUCCCUCGAAUCCGUCGAUCUCUUGUCGCGAUUCUUGAGCUCUGGCAUUUCCGAUGAGACCUUUGUCACUGAUAUUGUCAUUAGCUUCAUAUUAGCCGGUCGUGACACCACAUCCGCGGCUUUAACAUGGUUUUUCUGGUUACUUUCGAAAAACCCACAGGUAGAAGCUGAAAUUCUUAAAGAAAUACGAGAGAAAUCAGACGUACCCAUUUUCGAAGAAGUAAAGGACAUGGUGUACACCCACGCUUCCUUAUGCGAGACCAUGAGAUUGUACCCUCCAGUUCCUGUGGACUCCAAAAUUGCAGUGAGCGACGACGUUUUGCCUGACGGGACAGCAUUGAAGAAGGGAACUAGAGUCACAUAUCAUCCAUACGCGAUGGGUAGGCUAGAGGUCCUGUGGGGUCCGGAUUGGGCUGAUUUCAAGCCAGAAAGGUGGCUGCAAGAAGCAGAUGGAGUCAACAACAAACGGAGUUUCAUUGGGAGAGAUCCCUACACCUAUCCGGUGUUUCAAGCCGGGCCAAGGGUUUGUUUAGGAAAAGAAAUGGCGUUCUUGCAAAUGAAGAGGGUGGUUUCUGGAGUCCUAAGUAGGUUUAAAGUGGUGCCAGCGGCAGAGGAUGGUGAGGAGCCGGUUUUUAUUGCCUAUCUCACGAAUAAGAUGAAAGGUGGCUUUCCAGUGACGUUUGAGAAAAGAAUUGCGUACUAAAUGAUUAAAUCUUGAAUAAAUUUGUUGGUUUAGUGUAAUAAAUUGCUUCUAUUACAAAAUAUUCACGUAGUUUGUUUUCUAAUCGUGGAUUAUUGUAAGUUUGUUCCAUUGAACAAAGCAAGAUUUAGCUGUAUAUUAGUUAAAUAAAAUUUUAGAUUUGAAAAGAAUAUUUUUUUUUU